AAGGUCAACGUAGCAAGAUUUCAUUCUGCCGCAGCUUGGAGGAGGAGGAGGAAGAGGAGGAAACCUGACGCGGGACGUUUGUGGAACACCGCGGAUUUCCUCCUGCUGGCAGGCAGGGGCAUGAUGAUGGCAAUAACUGUGGAAUGAUAAGGACCGUUAGCUCAAGAUGGGCAGGCGCAGAGAUCAGCUUUAACUUCAGCCGGUGGCGCUUCAGCUUGGAAAUGGAUGAGUUCCAUCCAUUCAUUGAGGCUCUGCUGCCCCAGGUUCGUGCCUUUGCCUAUACUUGGUUUAACCUCCAGGCCAGGAAGAGGAAGUACUACAAAAAACAUGAGAAGAGGAUGACUAAAGAAGAAGAGAGAGCUGUUAAAGAUGAAUUACUAGGAGAAAAAGCAGAGGUGAAACAAAAGUGGGCUAGCCGUCUUUUGGCAAAACUAAGAAAAGACAUCAGGCCUGAAUGCAGAGAGGACUUUGUCUUGUCAAUCACCGGGAAGAAGGCUGCGUGUUGUGUCUUGUCUAAUCCUGACCAGAAAGGCAAAAUGAGGCGAAUAGAUUGUCUCCGCCAAGCUGACAAGGAUCAGGCUGUUGUCUCUGCACUAGCCCACCACCUGCUCCACCUCCUCUCCGUAGUCUCGGCCUUUGUCGUCACUGAUCAGGCCCACCACUGUCGUGUCGUCUGCAAACUUGAUGAUGUGGUUGGUGGUGAA